UUUAAUAAAAACUUUAUUUCACAUAUAAUAAAUAAGUUAUAAAUAAAUAAUGGAGGUUGAUGAAAAUAAUUUAGGAAAACUAACAGAGCAAUCAUUUAAACGUAAAGAGCGGCUACUUAAACUACGGGAACAAGCCAGUAAAGCAAAUAAAAAUAAUAGCGAAAGUGGCGAGAAACUACCAAAACCGGUGUUUCGCAGUUAUAAACCACUUAAUGAAAGCACAAAUGCUGAGGUGUUAGAACAGGAACCCACUGGUGACAUUGAAAAAGCGGUUGAGAAUCAAUUGGAACUGUUACAACAACCGAUGACUGUCGACGAGAUAGACAUAACAAAUCUAGCACCACGUAAACCAGAUUGGGAUUUAAAACGUGAAAUUAGUAAAAAACUUGAUAUACUACAGCGACGUACGCAGAAGGCUAUAGCUGAACUAAUACGUGAACGUUUAAAAAAGAACCAAGAUCAAGAUAUUUUUCAAGCUGUUAAUGUUGGCACAGCACAUGUAACUGACCAAGUAGAUAACGAUGAUGAAACGUAAAAGAAAUUUAGUUGUAGUUUAUAGUUUUUAAUAGAUAUUUUUUUUAUUCAAAUAAAAUAUGUAUGUGUUCAUAAAUAGUACUUUUUGUCAUUUAAAGAUAUCUCCUGAGAUUACAUAUAUUGUGUUAGAUAUUGAUCACACUUGCGUACGCUAGACCCGUAUUAACUUACAUACUAUACUAUUCCAUUAUAUAAACUGCAAGGCUUUAUACUUUACAGUGAAUUUUUAAAUGAUGAUGCUACCAAAUUCU